AUGGACACCCAAAAGGCCCCGGCGGGCCCCUGCGCCGGUAUCGGACAGCCAACUUCAUCCUGGGGUCGACGACGAGCGUCGCUUCGCCGCUCUCGAGGCUUACGCCGAGUUGGCUUGGCGUGUCUUGCGUUCAUCGCGUAUGCACAGUGGCGACAGAUUCACUCUUCAGGGCACCCACAACACCCAGAUCUGACAGCUCACGGCCUCUCAAUCGAGCGAUUACGUCACGACUUGGCAACAUGCACGAAGCUUCACACCACGCCGACGGAUCCGACAGGCUCUGGCCGGGACCGCAGUGCCCGCUAUGUGGAAGGCCAGAGGCCGACUCUGAUCCGGAACGCGACUGUCUGGACUGGCGAGCCGGCGGAAGGCACUUCCUCUGAGGAGGCCUGGGCUGGAAAGGGCUACUCGUGGAUCGCCAGCGACGUGUUUCUCGAAGGCGGUUUGAUUAAAUCCGUGGCAGAAGACAUACAGCUCUCCUCUCUACCUCGAGAUGUGCUUAUCUACGACGCGCGAGGCCGACCCUUGACGGCGGGCAUCAUUGACAUGCACAGCCAUGCCGGUGUGCAUUCGCUACCGACGCUCAGGGGCAACGAGGAUGUGAGUGAACUAUCAGCGGAUAUCACACCUUAUGUGCGGUCUCUGGACGGUAUUCAGCCCAUGGACCGCCAGUUACAAGUCAUCAAGUCAGGCGGGGUGACGACCUCACUGAUACUGCCAGGAUCUAGCAACAACAUUGGGGGCGAGGCUUUCGUCAUCAAGCACGCUGUCGGGCGUGCCGAUGGUCGGAACGAGACAAGUCUGCGGGAUCUCCUCGCCGACCCCGGCAGGACCUGGCGCUACAUGAAAAUGGGAUGUGGUGAAAAUGCUAAACACGUCCAUGGCAAGGUCGGAGAACGUGGGCCUCUCAGCCGGCUCGGCGAAAGCUGGGAGUUUCGACAUGCUUUCGAACGAGCGAGCAAGCUUCGCCGUGAACAGGAUGACUGGUGCCAAGCUGCAUCGGUAGACCUGAACAGCGUUCGUUCGUAUCUUCCUUACAAGAUCGAAUGGGAAGCUCUCAUUGGCGUCCUGCGAGGACAGGUCCAUGUACACGUCCACUGCUAUACCAUACCGGACUUGGAGGCCUUUGUUGAUCAUACCAACGAGUUCAAAUUCCCUGUCAAGGCCUUCCAUCACGCACACCAAACAUACUUGGUACCGGAGCAGAUCUUGAAGCGCGCCUGGGGACGUGAUCCACCUGCAUCAGCCCUGUUCGCAGACAAUAUGUGGUACAAAGCAGAGUCAUAUAUCGGAUCCGAGUUUGCUGGGAAGCAUCUCCACGAUCAUAACCUCACGACGAUAUACGUGAGCGAUAACCCAGUUCUGAAUGCCCAGCAUGUUGUGUUUGAGGCGGCAAAAGCUUACAGGUAUGGACUGCCAUAUCACGCUGCCUUGGCUUCAGUCACCAGCGCACCAGCAGAAAGAUUAGGACUGGGCCAGAGGUUAGGUAAGGUGAUAUCCGGCUUCGACGCGGAUAUCGUCGUGUGGGACAGCGACCCUCUGAGUGUUGGAGCAACACCGGUCCAGGUGUGGAUCGACGGAGCCGCCCAGUAUGAAAGUCCAGUCGAGCUUAACAAGCCCCUCGGCAACAUUGGUACACCUAAGGGUGGCCUUUCCGUCAUCAGGGACAAGUCCAAGUCUAUUGAUGGCGUGGUGAUCUUUACCGGCAUCUCUAGGAACCUGUUGUCAGAGUCCACCGAUGACUCUGCAACCAAAGAUGAGAAGCUCAAGGUGAUAGUGUCCAAGGGUAAGAUCAUCUGUGUUGGGCAAUGUGAGGCUGAAGUCCGCGAGAUGUCUCGCUCGAGACUCACCGAGAGAGUCCAUCUGAAGGAUGGAUAUUUGACUCCACCCUACACAGCCUUUGGCUCGACCUUAGGCUUGAAUGCCAUUGAGUCAGAAUCAGACACAGACAAUGGGGAUGAUCGUGACAGCUUUAGUCGCGGGAUAGACGGCUUGGCUCUGGGUACUGAGAAGCUCCGCAUUGCCAGCCAGUACGGGGUCACUCGUGCCAUCUCAGCACCCAAGUUUGCGGGCAUAAAUACCCACCACGGCACAAGUGUUGGGUUCAAGUCAAGCGCAGACACAGCCUUACAGCCUAAUGCUAUCUUUGCUCCGGAUGCCGCCGUUCACUACACUCUGGAUCUAUCUGUCAAGGGUGGCAGAGGAACAGCCUCUUCACCCUCUCUGUCUGCCACGGUUGGGACACUGCGUCAUAAGCUGCUAGCCGCGGUUGCAGAGCUUGCAGCAGGCGGGGAGACCGUAAUCACAGAUCAGUUCUCGGAAAAGAGCUUCUUGCGUCGUGUUGUCCAGGGUAACAUGACACUCUGUCUCACCGCACACAGUGCCGACAUGAUCAGUGCUGUGUUGAGGGUCAAGGUAGACAUUGACGACGCCAUGUCCUCGAUCAAGAAGACGGAGAACGAAGCAAAGCUACGUCUGGUCAUAGUGGGAGGAGCCGAAGCUCAUUUGGUUGCUCGAGAACUUGCCUCAGCACGCGUCGGAGUUGUCCUCUCCCCAGCAUUUGCUUUUGGUAGCACAUGGGAUCAGCGGCGAGCCUUAACAGGAGCGCCACUUACAAACGGAACUGGCAUCGAUAUAUUGAUCGAUUCAGGGGUCAUGACAGUCAUAGGCCUGGAAGAAGACUGGGUUCUUCGUGACCUAGGGCUACUCGCUGGUGUUGUGCACAAGAACAGCGGUGGCCGGGUUGGCGAGCGGGCUGCUAUGAAAUUGAUCAGCCAGAACAUAUAUCAGCUUCUCGGACUGGAAAUGCAAGGAGAUGAAACCGGUUUUGUUCUCCACGAAGGAAGCCCUUUCGAGAUCGAUUCCAGUAUCAAGGCGGUUGCAGAAGGUAACGGGUACGUGGAUCUAUAUUGA